GGUACAAGAAAGAAGUCAAGCCGAAGCUCUACUUCGUACAUGUAGGGUACCGUAGCCCCUCCCCAGGUCACCUGAUCACGGCCAUUGUUCGCGUCCGCCAGGAUUUGUAGCGACGCGUCAAGCAUUAGCAGUACAUUAGCGGGGCAGUACUGGUACGCUUGAAGAAUCCAAGAAUGGCUAGCCGGAGCACGCUAUUGUCGCUAUUGUCGGCCAAAUACAUAGGUAUUGUACUUGCCUAUUAAGCACUGAUCCCUCUCUGAACACGCUGCCGACGCGCUGCCUCCUUCCUGUAGGCAACAUUUGCGUCCAACCAACUAUCUCGACUUUUUUUCUACCUCACAAAUUGCAACCCGUGCCAAUUUCACACGUCGACAGGCUGCGUUUUGUGGUCUACCGUUGCCAUCAAACUGUUCACGUCUCACUCGGUUCGCCUUCUGGAUCCUGCGACAUUGCCAUGUUCUGAUUUUUGGACCGCGUAGCUGGGAGACGGUCUAUUUACACACCAUGGCGGAUCAAGAAGGGUCAAGUCUUUUCAAUUCUUGCACAUUCGCCUUUGUGCCCUGUAUCACUCUAACAUGUCAAGUUAUUGCCGAGCUGUCGCAAAGCAUCGCCAAGUAUGGCGGCCAAGUUUGCAAGCGAAAACGCGACGGCUCUCUUCCCCUGGCCAGCAUUACCCAUAUUGUUUCCAACACGAUCGAAUUUCCAGAGUAUGACCAAUCACUAGCUAUGAUGAUUCCGGUUGUCAAAUCCAAAUGGAUAACUGCGUCCUUUACCAAGGGCAAGCUAGCACAAAUCCGGCCAUUUACGCCAGAUCCGCGCAUGAUAUUCUCUGAUGUUAUGUUGUCCUGCGCCGAUAUUCCUGACAAUGAUAAGGAUACCAUUACUGGCGCUACUAUGGCUAUGGGUGGCAUGUAUUCAGAUGGUGUCACCAAACUGACUACCCAUAUAUGUGCCUUAACAAUGGACCACCCCAAAGUGCGGAUGGCCGUGGAGAAGAAGCAUAAGGGCAAAAUUGUCUUGCCUCAUUGGUUCGAUGACUGCUUUAAACUUGGAAAGAGAAUAGACGAGGGUCCUUACCUCCUGCCAGAUCCUGAAAUCUUACGUAUGUCGCCGGGACGCUCCAUUGAACCACAAUGUAGCCCAUAUCUUGAUGGCGCCAUCUCGGCUCGCCCAGAUUAUAUGCAGCCACCCACAGAUCAAGAAAGGGUACUGCAUUUGACCAUAUUCAAAGACAAGAAAAUUAUGCUUUCAAAUGACUUGGAAAUGAGGGACCGGCUUAGACAAAUUCUUGAUGGUCUAGUUACUGGGUCAGGUGGACAGCUUAUUGACGACGCGCAAAAUUGUGACUGGCUUGUCUGCCGUUAUCGAGACACGGAAGAAUAUGUUCAAGCCUCACAGCUGGGCAAGACUGUUGGAAACAUGUCAUGGCUGUUCUACCUCAUACAAAACAACACAUGGUCUAAUCCUCUCCACCGACUUCUUCAUUACCCAGAGCCUCGGAAUGGAAUACCGGGAUUUAACGAUAUGAGGAUCUCGGUGUCGAAUUACGGAGGAGAGGCCCGAAUAUAUCUGGAAAACCUAAUUAAAGCCACCGGCGCUACGUUCACAAAGACUAUGAAGGCUGAUAAUACGCACCUUGUGACGGCAAGAGAUAACAGCGAGAAAUGCGACGCCGCUCGUGACUGGAACAUUCAUAUGGUUAAUCAUCUUUGGAUCGAAGAAAGCUACGCUAAAUCCGAGAUGCAAUCUGUUACAGUACCUAAAUAUACUCAUUUCCCUCCCAGGACCAACCUGGGAGAAAUCAUCGGUCAAACUUUCUUUGACGAGAAAAAACUCCAGGCUCUUCAUUUUCCUGGUGGCCCUGAAAAACCUACAAUGCCCCCGCCGCGCAAGCGCAAGGCUUUGGAGAUGACAGACGACGCCGCCCUUGCAGAAAGUGCAAGUUCAAACACGGCGGCUGGACGACAACCACGAAAGGAGUUUGACAUCAUGAGAGACGGUGAUGCGGAAACUGCAGCGGUCGAUGAGUUACCCCCGCCUUCAAAACGGCGUUCCACAGACUUUACUACCCCCGCACGUGGCCGCCACGUUCGGUCAGGAAAGGAGAAUGAGACGCCUUCGAGCGUUGCAUCAUCAAGUCGAAGUGCAAAGGACAAGGCUCUGGGCAAGAUCUCUAACUUAGCCCCUGAUAUUGCCUUGUAUGAAAAAGAAAAAAAGAGAGGAUUGAAGGACGGCCAUGGCCUUUGGGGAGGGAAACGAGCGGCUGACCUUAUUGAGCGAGAGCACUUGAAUCGCCGCCGCACAUCUAGUCCAACAGCUGUAGAUGACAAGGAGCCUAAAUCUGAGAAAAGACCAACCAAAAAAGCUAGACCAACGCUUCCAGAGGUGGAGAUAAGAGUAAUUUUAACUGGAUUCAAACGAUGGGUUAACGACAAACACAAAGAAGAUGCAGAUCGGAAAAAACUGCGUGAUAUGGGUAUUGCAGUCGUCCAAGAUGGCCAGCCAUGCGAUUAUCUAAUUGCGCCACAAUUAGUCAGAACCGUCAAAUUUCUUCGCAACUUGUCUAAAGGAGCCAUAGUUCUAUCAUCUACCUGGGUUGAAGACUGUCUCGACACGAAACAGAUUCCUGAUCCAGACAACUAUAUUCUUAAAGACAGUGAGAACGAAAAACGAUUCGGAUUGAAGCUAGAGACUUCAAUUCGAAGAGCGCAGAAGAACAAAGGCCACCUCUUGGCUGGGAUACCUAUCUAUUGUACGGCGAGCAUCAAGAAUGGGCCCGAGAGUUACCAGGCUAUUGCUGAUGCCAAUGGCGCCCAAUUCAUGGUAUACGGGCCGAGAAGCGGUAGCACAAUCAGGGUUACCAACCCUGAGGAUGACGAGGGCGGCCCCGACCCGGUGUACCUGCUUAGCACAUCAACGGCCGAGGAGAAGAAGCUAUGGAAGAGGUUUGAAGACAUGGCACGCAGGGGAAACAUGGAGCCGCGCGUUGUUGCUUCGGAUUGGUUGUUGGACGUUGUAAUGAAACAGGAAGUUAGCUUUGAUGAGAAAUAUCUGGCGCGCUGAUUCUCGGGUUGGUAUGGCGUUCAAUCAUUAUGAAUUAUAUGCUGCUUCGUCGUCGGCGCGAUGUCGAUGUCGAUGUCGAUGUCGAGUAAGUCUGGCGGGAACGAUGUUAUGGCGUCGAAUAGCAUGCUCUUGUAAUUGUACCCUGACAGCACCUGUACAAUUGUUCUUUGUACGACUAAUUGUCUUAAUAUUUCAUGAUAAUGAUAUCCUCUGCUCAGAAGAAUUUGACACCCAGCUGGUCUUCCUGUCCGAAGAUCUGCGCCUUGUUCCGCUUGACGAGCACCUGGAGGGCUUUCUGGAGUAAUUCUAGAUCGAGACCGUGGAACUC